GGGGGGGGGGUUCUAUAAAAAGGACCAAAGAUCAAAGCUCAAACAACAAGAAUGAAAAAGGAAAUGGACAUAACCAAUCUUCUUGAAAAAUCCCUCAGCCCUAACCCCAACCCUAACCCUAACCCUAGUUUUAAACCAAACGAAGAAGUAGAAGAUGAUGGCUACGAGGGAAUUCGGGCGGGGAGGAUAGCCAACGCGGUUGCGUUCCCAAUGGUUUUGAAAGCCGCCUUUGAAAUAGGCGUCAUCGACGCAAUCGCGUCAGCAGGUGAAGGCGCGUGGGUCUCGCCUUCCGAGAUAGCGCGCCGCCUUCCGAUCAAGCCUACCAACCCACAUGCUCCCGUGUUGUUGGACCGCAUGCUUCGCUUGCUCGCUAGCUACGACAUGGUUACGGUUCAGGCCAGAGAGAACGGUCGUACCGGAGAAACCGAGACGGUUUACGCUACCAAACCGAUUUGCCGGUUCUUUCUGUCCAACAAUAACCAAGACUCCGGUUCUGUAGUACCGUUGUUCCUUGUGACACAUAGCGACGUCUUCAUCAAGAUGUGGUCUCAUAUGAAGGAUUUGAUAUUGGAUGGAACCGAGCCAUUUAGGCGUGCCCAUGAUAUGAGCCUGUACGAAUACUUGAGAAGGAACGAACCCUUCCACGAGCUGUUCCACAGAGCCAUGGCGGAGCAUUCCACCAUGAUCAUGAAGAGGCUUCUAGAAGUUUACAGGGGAUUCGAGAAUGUGAACGUUCUGGUCGAUGUGGGAGGAUCUGAUGGCACUUCCAUUGCUCUCGUCACCUCAAAGUAUCCUCGUAUCAAGGGUAUCAAUUUCGACUUGCCCGAUGUCAUAGCAAAGGCUCCUUCUUACCAUGGUGUGGAACAUGUGGCCGGGGAUAUGUUUGUUGAAGUCCCGAAAGGAGAUGCCAUUAUUAUGAAACGGUUGGUCCAUGAUUGGAACGACGAUGACUGUAUAAAGAUUCUUAAAAACUGUUGGAAAUCGCUGCCGGAUAAAGGGAAAAUGAUCGUCGUAGAAACGAUCAUUCCGACAAAUCCAGAGGGUGGAGGCGAAUACUCGAACUUCGGCUCGGACUUGGACGUGACAAUGUUGGCACUUGAUGGAGGAAAAGAGAGGACGAGAUCCGAGUUUGAAGAUUUGGCUACGAGGUCGGGUUUCGCCCGUUGCGAAUUUGUCUGCCGCGCUUACUACUGUUGGGUUAUCGAAUUUCACAAGAAGGAAUUUGCUUGAAGAAAUAAAAGAUUGUGUGUAUUCUCCCGUUUUUCCAAUCAUUUUUCACAUUCUCUUUGGUAUCAUUUUGUUCUCUUAUCUUUAUGUGUCCACAAGAAAUGUAAUAAAAACGUUGACGGUCAAUUGAUUUGCCCUUUAACUCCAAAA